AUGGUAGAGUGGGUGCAUAGCAUCCUUUUAAAGAACCUGUCUUUAUGGGCUGCAAAGAUUCCAAAUGUUACCUCUUGGGUUUGGAGGAAGAUCUUACAAACUAGAGGCUUGGCUCAACCUUUCAUCAGGCACAUUGUGGGGAAUGGAAAUAAUAUCAGUUUCUGGUUCGAUACAUGGCAUCCCCUUGGGCCAUUGUAUAAAAGAUUUACGGGCAACUUACUAUACAGCUUUGGAUGCAAACCACAUGCUCUUGUAUCAGAAAUUAUAGUGGAUGGGAGGUGGAGAUGGCCUGUAGGCAGGAAAGCAACAGCAGAAGUUAAGAGGUUCAAGGAAGCUACACCAGAGUGCCUUGUUCCUUUGACAAUGUUUGAGGAUCAAGUUGUGUGGAAUGGGAGUUCUUCUAGAGUUUUCAAUGCAAAAAAUGCCGUGAAGAAGUCUCGUGGAUCAAGAGAGGAAGUAACUUGGGCAAAACUAGUUUAG